AUUCAGUAACCACUUCCUGUCUCUGCCAGACAAAAAGUGAUCAAACGAGUAGGAGGCUGAUUCAGAGGUUAAUACAACACAGAAGUCACAGCUAGAUACAAUGACUCAAGCAAUAUCUCUCCUGGUCAGAAGCCCGAGGUUUGUCAUAGCCAUCCUGAUUCUUGGCACCGGUGGGACAUUCCAGUAUGGAUUUCACAUAUCUGUGCUCAACUCGCCAUCGCCGUUCAUUAAGGAGCUGGUCAACAAAACCUGCACUGAGCGCUACAACCUCUCCCUGGAGCCCUGGGUUUUGAGCCUCAUCUGGUCUUUCAUUGUCUCCAUCUACUGCAUCGGGGGAAUCCUAGGAUCUUUGGUUGCUGGACGGUUGGCUCAUGUUUAUGGAAGGAAGAGGUCCCUACUGUUCAAUAACGUAUUAGCCAUAGUCGGGGCCUCCAUGAUGCUCCUGAGCAAGGUCGCAGAUUCCUUCGAGAUGAUCAUGAUCGGGCGACUCCUCUAUGGUGUCAAUUCAGGAUUUGCCCUGGUAGUUCAUACAUUGUAUGUGGUGGAGUGCGCCCCCAGGAUGUUGCGCGGCAUAGCGGGUGUGUCUAUCGCCACUUUCGUCGCCUUGGGGAAGUUCUCUGGACAACUGCUGGGACUCAGGGAGCUGUUGGGCUCAGAGGACCGGUGGCCCUGGCUGCUGGCCUUCUCUGGCUUUAUGGGCAUCUUGCAGCUGCUCACCCUGCCCUUCCUCCCAGAGUCUCCGCACUACCUGCUGCUGGACCGGGGGGACCGACCCAGCUGUGAGAAGGCCAUGCAGCAGCUGUGGGGUAAGGGAGAUCACAUCUCAGAGAUUGAGGAUAUGCUGCUACAGAGGGCGGCUAUCCAGGGGGUGCGGUACCGGUCUGUGUGGGAGCUGAUCCAUGACCAGACUGUACGCUGGCAGAUGUUGACUGUCAUAGUCACUUGCAGUGUCCUCCAGUUCUGUGGGAUCAAUGCAGUCUACAUGUAUGCCUUGGACGUCUUCCGCACGGCAGGGAUUCCAUCUCACCAGCUGCAGUACGCCACCCUGGGAACGGGGCUGUGUGAGAUCGCCAUCUCUCUGACUUGCGCAAUGAUAAUUGAGAGCACAGGCAAGAGGGUUCUGCUGAUCCGAGGUAACUUGAUGAUGGCUGCCGUUCUGGGACUGCUCACUGUCACCCUCAACCUACAGAAGCAGGUGUUUUGGAUGCCUUACUGCAGCAUGAUCCUCAUCUUCAUCUACAUCUUCUUCUUUGGCAGUGGACCAGCUGGCGUGACGAUUGCACUUGCUUCGGACAUCUUCAACCAGGCCUACAAGCCUGCAGCUUACACUGUCGGUGGCUCACUCAACUGGAUCUCCCUCUUCCUCAUCGGAAUAUUGUUCCCUGUACUUGUACAAUACCUGGGUGAAUUCUGCUUCAUCGUAUUUCUGGCCUGCUGUCUCUUCUGUGCAGCGUUUAUAUGGCGACACCUCCCAGAGAUAAAGAACCGGACGAUCUUGGAAAUCACAGAGGACUUCCAAAGAAUGCACGCUCCAAAACGAGGUGUGGUCAAGUGGUGCAUGUCUGAGGUCAAAACCCAAGCCACGAAGUCGACAAAACUCUAAAACGGUUUUUGAGUAUUUUCAGCUUUUGAAAUGCAAAUGUGUACUGGUGUCAUCCAUCUAACCAUGAGUUUUAUGAUUAAAAAAAAAAAGAAAAUACACCAAACCGCCAACCUUUAGUAAACAUCAAUAACUGAGUCCCUUUUCUGUAGCUCCACACCAUUAAUGAUGAAUAACAAACUAGCGGAACUGGAUUAAGGCGAAGUGGGGUGGUCAGGGAUGGGCAACCGGACAGGGAAUCAAGAGGCAGAGUCUGGGUCACGUAGCCAGGAGGGUCGGAGCUGGGGUGGUCAGUCCAAGGACGAAGAUUCCAGACACAGAGCAGGAGCAGAGGGGGAGUGCAGGACAGGAGUGGUCGGCACGGGAACAGGGCAGAUCAGUGACCUGGAUUACGAAACGGGGUUACUGGCUUAUCGGGGUAACUUGUCAGAUUUAAGGUAGUCUGGACAAAACAUAAGUGAACGAAUAUGAAGUCCAUUUAAACUGUGGUACCUUAAAUCUGAGAAGUUACCCAGAUAAGCCAUUAACCCCACUUCGUAGUACAGGCCACCGGGCUAGUCGGUUAGCGCUCUCAGUAAGUCUCAUUCGAACACGUGACAAUAUCUCGCAUUACACUUCUCCUGCAUUAUUAACAUGACAGGAAUUUCUCCUAAUGUCACCCCAAUAUUUGCAGUAACCGUCCAAUACACCCAUACAAUGUUUUGACUUAACCACCACCCCACCUUGUUUGGCUGAUCAAUAUGUCAUUUAUUAACUCAUUUAAUUGAUUAAUUAAUUAAGCUAAUGGCAAAAUUUACUGAAUACCUACAAUAGCUGGGAGGCUCCUGAGGAGAGGUUUGGGGGCCAAAGAGUUCAUCUAGCUAACUUUUUGGAGAACAGAGGAAAUUAUUUAUUUUUUUAUAGUGUUACUGAUAAUUUGAAUAUGUUCUUUUGUUCAAUAGUAUUUUUCCCUGAGCAAAUAUACAGGAAAUCCCUAGAUGAACAUCCUUAAACAUCUGACUAAGGCUUUUACACACUAUUGUAUAAACAGUAUUGACUCCAUGAAAUGUUUUAAAGAUAAAAGCACACUGCAUGCAUGCAUAGGAACGGCACGAUAACUCCUGUUGUCUCAUGCUGCCCUGUCUUCCCCUCUUAUGUAAUAAGACGAUUUAUCUAUCAGCAUCUCUCCCCCGCCCCACAUGUCACGCACGCCCGGCAGUUGUUCUGUGGAAAGUCUGCAGUGUUCAGGCCUAUGACAUCAUAGAUCAUUUCUAACCUGGGUGUGGGUGAAGUGCAAGCCCAUAAUAUUGGACCUUAAUGCUGCAACACCCCCCCCCCCCCUUUGCGGUCACACCAGGAAAUGGGUGAGAGGUCCCUCUCUCAUUCAACUGAAUAAGGAGGGGGGUUCCUUAAAAUGUCAUUCAUACUUCUGAAAUAUAACCACCAUGCAGUUAUGCAUCUGGGUUUUGUUCUGAUCUGCGUCCAAACUAUAUCCAUCAGCAAGACUUUGUGGGGUCAUCUGAUACGGGAUCUCCAUUUAUUAGCUGCGUUAAACCAUUUAUCAGCUGUAUCCGUGUUUGCUCCUUGAGCCCACGCUCUCUCGUCUUUUCCGACUGAGUGAGCGGAAGUCCAUACGAAAGCAGCACAGGCUCGAUACCAAAUGCAAGGCAGGUUAUCGUGGACAAACAGCCUUCUAUUUUUAUACAUGAUGGGUUUAAUGGAUAGGCUCUGGUGCAAUCAGGAAAAGGCUUUGUUCCGCGGUGAUCGCGUGACUGUGGAAUCAAAGCCAUCGGUAAUCAGAUCACCAAAGACAGUGGCAGUGUCCGCUUCACAGGCUUACCCAGCGAUGCACUUUUUAAAUGUUGUUCCUUCACAACAGAUAACUACAAAAAUCCAAUUUUACCCAUAUGUAUAGUACGAGAGCAAAGCUAUAUAAUAAAGCUUUUACUAACUUGUA